AUGGAAUAUUACAAGGUCCUUAGAUUGAAAAAAAAUGCCUCACAGAAUGAUAUUAACAAAUCCUACCACAAAAUUGCACAAAAAUGGCAUCCUGAUAAGAAUCCCAGCAACAAGAAGGAAGCUGAGAAGAAAUUCAAGGAAAUUGUUGAAGCAUACAAUGUUUUGUCUGACCCUCAGAAGCAGUCACUGUACGACGGGUCUGUUCAGGAGAGCAGCGUUCACAGAGAAAGAGAUGCAAUGGGUUAUAAUGGCUUCUUUGAUUCCUGUCAUGUAUUCCACAAUCAAGAACAGGUCUUUGGAAGGGUGGAUCCAUUUGCAUAUGAUUCCUGGAACAGGAGAAUCAAUGAUGAAAACUGGCCAAGUGGAAGAGGAGGAAGCUCCAGCCUAUUUUCCACCUUCAGGGAGUCAUUUAUGCCAUGGAAUUCAUUCUGUCCCAGUGAGCAGUUCACCUUCUUUGCUGGCAACACAGCUGGGCCAUAUCAUGUCAGAACAGUGUUGACCACCACUGAAGUGAUCAACGGCAAGAUGAUCACCACCCAGAAAAUCAUUGAGAAUGGGCAGGAGCAAAAAGAAGUGGAAGAAGAUGGCCAGCUGAAGUCUGUGAUAAUCAAUGAGCAAGACUACCUGAAUUGA